AUGCCGGUUCUUCAUACAGGACGGCGACGUUCGAACCAAAAUCGCUCGUACAAUGGCCCUGCACGUCAAGGUCCUGUCCGUCAUCUAAGUGUAGCACAGCUAAAUCUUGAACGUGUUUAUGAACAGAAUCGACUCAAUGUACAAAAGAGAGAUGGGGCCAAUGCUCCUGAGCCAGCUCCCGGUACGGCUGCCAAAGGCAAGCCGAGGUUAUUAUUAAUGGGACAACGAAGAAGUGGAAAAUCAUCGAUUUCCAGCGUUGUAUUCCAUAAAAUGCCCCCCAAUGAAACGCUCUUCCUGGAAUCUACGGCAAGAAUACAAAAGGAUGCGAUGCACUCGUUCAUGGACUUUCAGGUCUGGGACUUUCCCGGUCAACUCAACUUCAUGGAUCCAUCUUUCGAUCUAGAUGCAAUUUUUGGUGAAAUAGGAGCACUUAUAUGGGUCAUAGAUGCUCAGGAUGAAUACCACGAAGCUAUUAACCGCUUGAACAGCACAAUCCUCAACAUUUAUCCCAACUAUCCAAACGUCAACGUUGAGGUCUUCAUACAUAAAGUAGAUGGCUUGUCGGAUGACUACAAACUUGAUAUCCAGAGAGACAUCAUGCAGCGCAUACAGGAUGAGCUUUCGGAUCAUGGUGUUGAGAAUGCGCCAAUUAACUUUCACCUCACCUCAAUCUAUAAUCAUUCCAUAUUCGAAGCAUUCAGCAAGGUUAUUCAAAAGCUGAUACCUCACCUACCAACAUUGGAAGCCCUUCUGAAUGACCUUUGCCGGGCUUGUAGAUUUGAGAAAGCAUAUCUUUUUGACGUCCUUUCGAAAAUAUACAUCGCCACCGAUUCGUCACCCGUUGAUAUGCCGUCCUACGAGAUUUGUAGUGACUACAUUGACGUUAUUGUCGACGUGUCAGAAAUAUAUGCUUGGCCUCGACCACCGGAGUAUAUUCAGCUAUUAGAGGGUCCCCCAUGGAAUAAGAAGUUGGAGGAUCAAACCGCUUGCAAUGAUGCUGAGAGUUGCAUCGUGUUAACGGAUGGGAAACGGCCAAUCAUGUUGAGAGAGGUCAACAAGUACUUGGCCCUUGUGGCAAUAAUGUGCGAAGGUAGUUACGAGAAGAUGCCGAGCGUCACCAUGAAUGUGGAGAGUACAGUCAAGGGUUUGACUGAGGUUUUUAAUAUUACGAGGCAGCGGAGGGAAUAA